CCGAAAUCAUCUCAGAGCACAUCUUCGGAGGAGCGCGCCGUGCCAACACGAGGCUCAAAGGCAAACCUUUGGAGCGAGCGCAGUCGGAGCUUUACGCGCGGGGCGCUGAGAGGAGGACCGCCGCGCGGUGAGGAGAGAGAGGGACAAAGUUGAAGGCGAUACAUGGGGUGUACUCUAAAUGGAUCUAAAGGAUAAAGGCUCGACUCAGGUCUCCACAUCCAAAUGUCAUCCCCCUCGGAGCCUGCCCCCGCCGGGCACCAGCAGUGUGUGACGGACAGGCCGACCGGAGCCUGCGGUGGCUCUCUGCUGCGUGGCUUCAAUUUGGCCCCGGCUGGGCCCCGCGUGAGGCCCCCAGUGAAUGCUGCUGCCGCUGCUGCCGCUGCUGCCAUAGUCUGAUAACUCAGCAUGCGUGGAGUCGGGCCAACGAGGACCAGCCACCACUAAUGAGAGCAUUUCUCGUCCCCCUCUUCUGUCUCUGCUGCUGCUGCUAAGGACUACCGUUUACUGGAGUGGCGCGGACAUGAUCCUACUCUGAACACUACACCCUUACCGAACUCUCCUUACUUUUUUUGGAGUGGGGGGGACUAUUUUCUCCUUUUCCUACCAAUGCUGGAUAUAUAAUACGUUUCCUUCGAGAUUUUCUCAUUCUUUUUUAUUGCUACACAUCGAUCCUUUGUUCAUUUUUAAAUCUUUUUAGUUCUUCUUUCUCCAUUUGCUUGGCGGUUGGUGUUUUCCCUCCACUAUGGAGUUUCCUUGCGGACCCUGGAAUAAGGAUUGGCCUUCGUUUCUGCAGUUCUGGCUGACGGUUCUCCUUAGCCUGCAGCUGCAGUUCAGUCCGGCGGCGCCCUGCCCGGUGGAGUGCCGCUGCGACAAGACGUUUGUGUACUGCAACGAGCGCGCCCUGACCUCGGUGCCCCUGGGGGUGCAAGAGGGCUACAAGAUCCUCUACCUCCACAACAACCAGAUCAACAACGCCGGCUUCCCCCUGGAGCUCCACAACGUGGCCUCGGUGGAAACCGUCUAUCUGUACGGCAACCAGCUGGACGAGUUCCCCAUCAACCUGCCCAAGAACACGCGGGUCCUGCAUCUCCAGGAGAACAACAUCCAGACCAUCUCCCGGGCGGCGCUCGCCCAGCUCACCCAGCUGGAGGAGCUCCACCUGGACGACAACUCCAUCUCCACGGUCGGCGUGGAGGAGGGCGCCUUCCGCGAGGCGCUGAGCCUGAAGCUGCUCUUCCUCACCAAGAACCACCUGAGCAGUGUGCCCAUCGGCCUGCCCGAGGACCUGCAGGAGCUGCGGCUGGACGAGAACCGCAUCGCCAUCAUCGCCGAGGAGGCCUUCCAGAACGUGACCCGCCUGCAGCGCCUCCUGCUGGACGGGAACCUGCUGACGGACGAGGGCAUCGCGCCCGGAACCUUCCAGGACCUGGCCAACCUCCGGGAGCUGGCGCUGUCCCGGAACUCCCUGACCUUCCCGCCCCCGCUGCUGCCCAGCCAGUCCCUGCUGAAGCUCAGCCUGCAGGAGAACCAGAUCAACCUGAUCCCCGUGACGGCCUUUGCCGGCUUCCACCGGCUGGAGAAGCUGGACGUGUCCAACAACCAGCUCCAGAUCCUCACCCAGGGCGUGUUCGAUGGGCUGAUGAACCUCAGGCAGAUCACCGUGAGGAACAACCCCUGGCGCUGCGACUGCGCCGUCAAGUGGGUGGUGGUGUGGCUCAAGUCGCUGCCACCGUCCCUCAACGCCCGGGGCUUCGUGUGCCAGAGUCCGGACAAGGUGCGCGGCAUGGCGGUCCGGGAGCUCACGCUGGAGAACAUCCACUGCCCGACCGACUCCGGCGCCGAGAAGUCCCCGUGGCCCACCCUGCGCACCACGCCCCCUCCGCCGCCGACCACCAUCGGCGACCCUCCCCCCGCCACCACCACCGCCACCGUCGCCGGCGGGGGCGGCUUUGGCGACGGUUUUGGCGACAGCUCCGCCCCGGCAGACCCCUCCUUCCCCAACUUCUUCGACCCGCCCCCCUCCCCCCUCCCGCCGCCGCCGCACCACCCGUCGGGGCCGCUGCCGCCUUACGAGGACCCGCUGCAGAUCUUCUUCCACGGGGUCAACUCCACCUGCAUCCAGGUGAGCUGGGCGUCCUACUUCAACGUCACCGCCUACAAGGUGACCUGGGUGAAGAUGGGCCACAACCUGAUGGGCGACGUGACCCGCGAGCAGACGGUGAGUGGCAACCGCCGGCAGCUCAGCCUCACCGAGCUGGAGCCGCGCUCCGUGUACCGCAUCUGCGUGUACGUGCUGGACACCCUCAACUCCUACCGGCCCGGCGAGGACACCAUGUGCCUGGAGACCAGGACCAAGCCCGCCCCGGGCACCAAGCCGGCGGGGCCCGAGCAGGCCGCCCAGCAGGACCUCACCUCAACGCUGCUGUUGGCCGGGAUCAUAGGCGGGGCGGUGCUCAUCGUCCUGGUAACGCUGCUCAGCCUGUUCUGCUGGCACAUGCACAAGAAGAGCCGCUCGGCCUCGGCCAACUGGAAAUACAACCGGGGCCGGAGAAAAGACGACUACUGCGAGGCGGGCACAAAGAAGGACACCUCCAUUCUGGAGAUGACCGAGACCAGUUUCCAGAUAGUGUCGCUGAACAAUGAGCAGCUGCUGAAGGGGGAUUUCCGCAUUCAGCCAAUAUACACGCCCAACGGGGGCAUCGGCUUCAGAGACUGCCACCUCAGUAACAACAGUCUAGCGUACUGCAAGAGCAGCAACGUGCCCAGUACAGAGUUCUGCCACACGUGAUGCAAAACUGGUUAAUAAUGCGUUGAGGCAUUGCCAGACACACACACGCAGACAUGCAAAAACGUCCGCAACCCACCGAACACACACACACGGGCACUUUCCUGCCGAGAAACGACAGGAAACCACAUGGACACACACCCAUACCCACGCAAACUAGCCGAUUGUGUAGGCACCAAGACAAAAAAGACUUUGAAGAAAUCUAGUGAACUAUAACUGUACUAUAUAUAUUUCCAAGUUCUGUCUACAAUGUAAUUUAUACUGUGGAUUAUAAUGUGGGAUUCUCGCUAUGUUCUCUAUUAUUAUUAUUAUUAUUAUUAUAAUUAUUAGAAGAAGAGAUACAGCUUUUGUUUCUUUGUUUUUGUAACCAGCAAGGUUAACAUGUUGGGAAACCUGAGGCCCCCAUGGCCUGGGCUGCACGUGAAAAACGAGAGUUCAAUCCGAAUCAGACAUGAGUGAGGUGUGGACUCUGACGCACACAGCGAACGUCCGUCUCUGAUAAGACACGACACAGCGCUUUGAAGUGGGGGCCCCUCGAGACUCUCUGCUGACCACGGGAACCAGACAUGACCUUUGGGUUUUAAAAAAAGACACCACCGGCCACCCCCUCCCUAUCCAGAGCAGCAGUGUAGACUCUCAGAAGCUCCCACCUCGCUGAUUACAACGUGAGGGAGGGCUGGGCUGACUCGUGGUGAGAACCAGAGUGGGGGAAAAUAAAUGGAGCAGAAGUGCACUUUUCUUUUGGAAUUAAUGAAACCCUGAGCGUAUAACCAGCACUUCAGGAAAUUAGCUUUGGUUGAGUUAGCAGGGGAGUGAAUAGGGCACACUCUUUGACACGUCUUAGCCCUUUAAGGGUCUAAAUGGGGUACCCAUUAACUAUUAUUAAUGGGGUUUCAAGAGGAGAACGACAUUGGGUUCUGAUGGACACUGAGCCUAGCAUAAAGCAAAUAGCACCAUACCCAGAACUCCCAGUUUGACGGGUUAACAACAGAACAAAGGCAGGCUUUUCCUUUAACAGUAAUGAGAUAAUAUUUUCAGAAAUUCUUUUUUUUU